AUGUUUAAGGUCAUAUACUGGUCGGGUAAUAAUCCUUUAAUCAUUCUAUUUAUAUUAAUUACUUCAAUAACUACUACUACUACUACUACUACUACUACUACUACUACUACUACUACGACUAAUACUACAACAACAACAACUACUACUACUACUACUAUUAAUACUACCACUACCAAUACCACUACUACCACUACUAUUACUACUACUACUACUACUACUACUACUACUACUACUACUACUACCACUACCAAUACUACUACUACUACUACUACCACUACCAAUACUACUACUACUACUACUAUUAGUACUACUGUGGUGUGGUUUACUUAUAUCUAUAUAAGUAGUAUAUGGUGUGGGUCAGACAUAGAAUGUAUUUUCGCAGAAGACCGAUAACGAAAGAACUGAAAUGAAGCGAAAUCGUUUGGAAAAUGCACGAACAAUGGAAUUAAAGAAGAAACAGUGAAGAUCGAGACUAUUGGUUGUUAAUUUGCAAAUUGACUGUUCAUUGUUUGGUUUUCAGAAUUUACUGAGAUAGUCUGUAAUCUUUGCUUAAAUACAUUCGAUUGUCCCCAACUAGUGUUCUGUUCAUUACACUAUUACUACUACUAUUACUACUACUGCUAUUACGAAUAUUACCAUAUCCUAUAAAUGAACUGUUACUGUUCACAAUUAACUUUGAAGUAAUUUAUGUUAUAUCUGUCAAAAGCAACACUUGAUUUAUACUUAUUGCAUAUAAUUAGUUAUUAAUUUCAUUAAGGGAGACUAUACUGAUAUGGGAAAAAAAGUUUGUUGAUAGCAUUUGUGCAUUCAUCAACUAAUUCAUAUAUUCUAGUAGAUAGAGAUUCAUAAUAACACCUGGAUCCUCAGUGUAGUUAUUGACAAUCCAAAGUUUGUGUAUAGUCAGAGAGUUAAUUGUAAGGUUAGUAACCAUAUCUGUUACAAAGAAUCCCCCCAGUAACAAAAUGCUAACCAACAGAAUACAUUUGAAAAUCAUGUAAUAUGAUAUUAACAACAGUAAAUAUAGUAAUAUCUCAGUAUUCUUAUGUUUUUCGAUUUUUAUUUUUUUUUUUGAAGGGGGAAGAGGGGGAUAUUAUAAUUUACAACUACGUCGGCAAUUCAAAGUCAUUCAGUGAAUUAUUCAAAGGAACUGAUGCUUUUGAUAGAGUUAAGUUCUUUGUGCUAGAUGGUUUGUUCAUGGGGCUUUCAUAAUCCUUCUGAAUGAAAUCAUCGGCGCAAACUUGGGCUCCUCAAUGAGGGGUAACAUAAGUAAGUAAUUUAUAAAAAUACUCAAAAUGUGCACAUAUGGGUAUAUAUAUAUUGCGCCUCCGUCUAUCAAUAUUCUUAGUGAGUUACUAUCUUGCAACAGGCCCGAUUGAACUCCAUGAGAUCGGUAGGUCCUGAGUUCGAAUCUUGCUAGCGUGAUCGUGGAUGUUUACCGCUGACGAGUUCCACAGUAGGACGAAAUGGCCGUCCAGUACUUCACGGUUUUUCAUGAAAAAAAAAACUGACUCAUGAAAAUAACUAGUAAAUUACUAUUAUUUCCACUAAACCCCUUUCUAAUUAUAAAUAUGUAUGAUUCACCACACUAAAAAUUUGACUUACCUAUUGUCCUUCAGACUGAUCG